AUGGCGCCCCUCAUCGCCCGCCGCGCUUCCCGCGCCGUGCCGCUCCGCAGUCUCGCCGCCGCCGGCGCCGCAGCCCCACUCCGGGCGCCGCCUCUCCGGACACAGCAGCAGCAGCGCCGAGGUCUCAAGGACAGGCUCGACGGGCCGUUUGGCCAGCAGUCGCCGCCCAAGAACCCCGGCGGGCCGGACGCGAUCCGCCGCAAUUGGGUCCCCGUGGGGGGCGCGCUGCUCCUCGCCGUCGCUGCCAUGGCGUACCUGGUCAAGGACGGCGGCGCGGACCCGGCGGCGGCGGCGGCCGAGGCGGGAGCGGGUGACUUGGCCGCCGCCGCCGCCAGGGACAUGGCCAAUAAGCAAGGCCCCAAGGCGCUGGGCGAGAUGAGCGGCAGGAACAAGACGGGCUUGGGCGGGUUCCGGUCCGAGUGA